AUGCUCCCGCCGGUCAAACGCCUGAGCCCAACCCCCCAGGGCUGCCGCGCCACCAGGCCCACCUCGCCCCUGUGCAAGCCCACCUCGCCGCUGCAGAAGCACCACGCGCACGCCUCCAUCCCCAGCUCGAGCAGCUCCACUCCAGCCGAGCCCGCGCCUCGCCCCUGGGUCCUCGACCAGCUCACCAAAGCCGCGCCGCCUCGGCUCGCCUGGCCCCUCCCGCCGAUCCCCCUCACCUUCCGCUCGCCCCGGCCAAGCUCCGCCCGAUCCCGCCAAGAACCGCUCCUUCCCCGCCCAGGCCACCACACCGCCGCCAGCGGCGCCUCCGUCUCGCCACCAACCGCCCCCGCCCGGCUCCCUCCCUACACCGGCGCCGCCUCCUGGCCCCCGCUCCCGUCGCCUCCAUCCGAGCCGCCGCGCCUUGGCCACCCGUUGCUCCACCUCGCGCUGCUCAACUCUCCUCCCAUCCAGCAGCAGCUCCAUCUCCGCGUGGCCCCGCCCCAGCUUCCUCUCCACGCGCAAGCCUCCACCUAG